AUGGGUAACGGAGCUAAAGCCGCGUCUAAGCGUGAGCGCAAAGCCAAAGACACCAAAAGCACCGCAACGUCGCAGCUGAAAGCGAACGAAGCUGCCAAGGACAUCAUAUGCCUUACUUGCAGGCAGACGUUCCUCAAGACUACGCGUGCUCCGGCUCUGACGGAGCAUGCCUCAAACAAGCACAACAAGACGCUUCAGGAUUGUUUUCCUGGCUUUGUAGACGCUCCUAAGAAAUGA